CGCACUAUAUCACCGCCUGCCCCUUUCCUCUUCCCACGGUGACAUCUCUUCAGACCUUCCCCUUUAGUCCAACCUCUCAACGAUCUUUCACCUCGCGUUCAUUUCAAGUCCAUCUCUCUCUCUCUCUCUCUAGAAGUUUUUGCUUCGGACUUGCUUAAUUGCGAAGUCUAGGGUUUUGGAAGCUCAGAUCUAUUAUUGGAGAAGAUGACGACUAUGGAAAGCUUGAUUGGACUGGUCAAUCGGAUUCAGAGAGCGUGUACUGCUCUCGGAGAUUAUGGUGGUGGAGAUAAUGCUUUCUCUUCUCUUUGGGAUGCUCUUCCUUCUGUCGCUGUCGUCGGAGGACAGAGUUCUGGAAAAUCAUCAGUGUUGGAAAGCGUAGUUGGGCGCGACUUCCUUCCUAGAGGAUCUGGGAUUGUCACAAGGCGACCUUUGGUGUUGCAAUUGCACAAGACAGAGGAGGGGCAGCAGGACUAUGCCGAGUUUGGCCAUAUGCCGCGGAGGAGAUUCUCUGAUUUUUCCUUGGUUCGCAAAGAAAUUCAGGAUGAAACUGAUCGAAUAACGGGGAAGUCAAAGCAGAUAUCUCCUGUUCCUAUCCAUCUCAGUAUCUAUUCGCCCAACGUUGUCAACUUAACCUUAAUAGAUUUGCCUGGUUUGACGAAAGUUGCUGUUGAGGGACAACCAGAAAGUAUAGUUGAAGACAUUGAAAACAUGGUUCGGAAUUAUGUUGAGAAGCCCAACUGCAUUAUACUAGCAAUUUCUCCUGCGAAUCAAGAUAUUGCAACUUCAGAUGCUAUCAAGCUUGCUAGGGAAGUGGAUCCAAUGGGUGAUCGGACAUUUGGAGUGUUGACAAAGCUAGAUUUGAUGGACAAAGGAACUAACGCAUUGGAUGUUCUUGAAGGAAGAUCUUACCGGUUGCAACAACCUUGGGUGGGGAUUGUUAAUCGUUCACAAGCUGAUAUAAACAAAAAUGUUGAUAUGAUUAUUGCAAGGCGGAAAGAACGUGAAUACUUUGCUACAAGUCCCGACUAUGGACACCUAGCUAGUAAAAUGGGUUCGGAGUAUCUUGCAAAACUUCUCUCAAAGCACUUGGAGACUGUAAUUAGGUCAAGAAUACCAAGUAUUACAUCUUUGAUUAACAAAAGCAUUGAUGAACUCGAAGCUGAGAUGGACCACCUUGGUAGGCCUAUUGCUGUCGAUGCAGGGGCUCAAUUGUACACCAUUUUGGAACUUUGCCGUGCUUUUGAUCGGAUAUUUAAGGAGCAUCUGGAUGGAGGGCGGCCUGGUGGUGAUCGAAUUUAUGGAGUUUUUGACAAUCAGCUUCCCGCUGCUUUGAGGAAGCUUCCAUUUGAUCGGCACCUUUCAAUACAGAAUGUCAGGAAAAUUGUUUCAGAGGCAGAUGGAUAUCAACCACACUUGAUCGCCCCUGAGCAAGGUUAUCGGCGGCUUAUUGAAGGGGCAUUAAAUUAUUUUAGGGGUCCAGCUGAAGCUUCAGUGGAUGCUGUUCACUUCGUCUUGAAGGAGCUUGUAAGGAAGUCAAUUGGAGAAUGUCAGGAGCUGAAGCGGUUUCCAUCUCUUCAAACUGCAAUAGCUGGAGCUGCCAAUGAAGCCUUGGAAAAGUUUCGUGAUGAAAGCAAGAAGACAACUCUUAGAUUGGUGGACAUGGAAUCUUCAUACCUGACUGUGGAUUUCUUCCGGAAACUUCCCCAGGAAGUGGAGAAAGGGGCAAACCCAGCUGCCACAACUAUUGACCGUUAUGCGGAGGGUCACUUCAGGAGAAUAGGCUCAAAUGUGUCCUCUUAUGUUAGUAUGGUUUCUGAGACACUCAGGAUCACAAUUCCCAAGGCAGUGGUUCACUGUCAAGUUAAGGAGGCCAAACAGUGUCUGCUCAAUUACUUCUAUACACAAAUUGGAAAGAAAGAGGGUAAGCAACUAGUAGAACUGUUAGAUGAAGAUCCAGCAUUGAUGGAGAGGAGGUUAGAGUGUGCAAAAAGGCUUGAGUUGUACAAGUCUGCCAGGGAUGAGAUUGAUUCUGUAGCAUGGGUUCGAUGAGAUUGAUGCAUAUCGGAGAUAUAUUGUAUGAUAGCGCAGGUCACAGAACGGAUGAUUACAGACUCCCUCUGAUUGUUCAAUUGUUUGGAAGUUGAAAUUCUUUAUUGUCAUUGUCUUGCAGUUUAUGCAUACACUUGUUGAUUUGGAAUGCUAGGUUUUUUGUUUACUGUUGUAGUUCUUUAUAGAUUUUACACCACCCUCCUAUAUAACAUAUAUUAAUUUGCAUUUUUUUCUCCCUCGGUUCUCUGUUUUAUGAAUGAUCAGUGCCUAUGGCGUUUCUAAAAUUGUAAGAGUAAAGAUUGUCGG